AUGGACCCCCUCAGCAUCACCGCGUCGACCAUCACCGUGGUCCAGGCGCUCAUAGCGGCCUACGACACGAUCAAGCACAUCAAAGACCUCCCCAAGGCCUUUGCCGAGGUGGGACGCAACCUCCCCCUGGUCAAGGAGACUCUCGACCUCGCGCAGCAGACCUUCAAAGCCGACAAGACCGACGAGGAUGUCCAGAGUGUGAUCCAGCCCGCCCUCGCCGAGUGUCUGAAACGGGCAAAUACCAUCAAGGGCAUCUUUAGCGAGAUUGAUCCCAAUAGCCAAAAUGAGGACGGCAGCGGCGCAAAGGAGUGGUCCGUCUUCGUCCGCUUCUACCGGACGAAGGUCGUGCCGCUCGGCAAGGCGCACAAGGUCGAGGUCCUGAUGCGGGGCAUCCUGAGCAGGCUGAAGGUGCUGGCGAUCCACCACGUCUUCAAGGCGCACGCCGAGUCCCUCGGGCAGAUGGAGAAGCUGGAGGGCGCCAUCAAGGCCCUCGCCGAGGUCGAGCCGUCCCUCCCGGACUCGGAGUUCGACGGCGGGCCCGGCAGGAACACCACGCUGCACAUCUCCGACCGCGGGCGGGGCGUCGUCUCGAACGGCGAACACUCCAAGAUCACCAUGGGGAACAUGACGAAAUACAACGCGGCGGGCGACAUGAACUUUGAGUGCGAUCCCAAGUCCAGCCCGGUAGAGUGGCUGAGGCACGUCUCGAAGCCGCUUGAUUUCGAAAAGACCCAUGCCGAAUCGUUCCGGAUUGCCCAGAGGACCCCCAAGGCCGGCCGGUGGUUUCUGAAGUCCACCGAGUUUGAGGAACAGUGGCGCGACGGCGGCUUGCGGAAGCUGUGGUGUCAUGGGAUUCCGGGCACGGGCAAGACUGUGUUGUCGUCCAUAAUCAUAAACCACCUCCGGGCUCGCUUCUCGUCGAACCCCGAGAUAGCCUGCGUCUUCAUCUACUUUGACCACAGACAGCACCAAGACCACUGCCUGACGAAGCUGCUAUGCAGCAUGAUACUCCAACUAUCGCGCGGCGCAAAGCACCUAUCCGCCAAGAUCCAAGAGGCGCACGGCGCUUGGAAAAGCACCCAGCAGAUGCCGGCCGAGCGCGACUACCUCAAGAUGCUAAAGUCCCAGGCGAAAGGCUUCAAGAGAAUCUUCUUCGUCGUGGACGCGCUGGACGAGUGCCUCGACGACGAGCUGGAGACAAACACCCUCAACGGCUUCCUGGGCGUGUGCCGCGAGCUCCCCGACAGCUUCCGGCUGCUGUUCACGUCGCGGCCCGUCAGCAAGUUCAAGACCCUGACCGACCCCGGCUGCGAACUGCCCAUCGCCGCCCACGACGACGAUAUCAGUGCAUACCUCCAUAGGUUUAUCGAAAGCCGCCCCCAGCUGAACGGGAUAGUUGAGAAGGGGUGCAAAGCGGACCCGUCGUUCAGGGCCAAGACUUUGGCGACCAUCACGGACAAGUCCCACGGAAUGCAAGUGUUCCUCCUCGCGCAUUUACACAUCAAAUCCCUGGCUUCCACUCACAGCCUGGCCGGGUUAAAGAGCGGAUUGACCCAGCUGUCCACAAGUCCGGAUGACGUAUACGCGACGGCCUUGGAUCGGAUCAAGAAGCAGGACAGGCCCCGGAGGGAGUUGGCGCUGAAGGCGCUGAACUGGCUGGUGAACACCGAGAGGCAGCUCUCUGUCGAUGAGCUGACGCAUGCCUUGGCCAUCCACAACGGCGCCGAGGAGUCUAGGUCUCCGGCGUGGCAACUGCCCAGGGCCUCAGACAUCGCCGGCAUCGAAGACGCGCUUAUAUCAGCAUGCGUCGGCAUCGUGGUCGUCCUCACCGACGCGGACAAGAAGAGGAUCGUCCGUCUGACCCACGGGACCGCCGAGGAAUACAUAAAGAGGAACCAGGCGGCCGUGUUCCCGGACGAAGACUCAAUGUCGCCGUCGCUGCUGACGAGAACCUGCCUGUACUGUCUCGCGGGGCUACCGGUCAGCACCGAAAGGCCGACCGAGCCGCGUACAGACGACGUCUGCCGAGAGUACCCCCUCUACGGCUACGCCGCCAAUUUCUGGGGCCUUCACCUGGACAAGGCGACGGGGCCCAAGGGAGGGGACCUGUACAAGCUGGCCUGGCGCUUCGUCUCGGACAGGCCCCGGCUCGACGCCGCGGUGCGCGCCAUGACGGACCCGCGGGUCGCGCACGAGGCCAACGCAUCGAGCGUGCACGUCGCCGCCUUCUUCGGCCUCGAGAAGCUGGUCCGCAAGGCCAUCGCCAACGGCAGGGACAUCAACCUCAACGCGCAGACGCGGCGCGGCGAGACGCCGCUGCACUGGGCGGCGACCCACGGGCGCCGAGCCUUCGCCGAGUUCCUCGUCCGCGAGGGCGUCGAGCUCAACGUCCCCAACGCCGACAGGCGGACGGCCCUGCACAAGGCCAUCAUGGGCGGCGGCGACGGGGCGCUGGUGGACACCAUCUUGGCCGCCAGCGGCCUCAACCUCGAGCUCGAGGACGCCGAGGGCUACACCUGCCUGCGGUGGGCGGCGCGAUACGGGCAGUUGAGAACGGUGGAGGCGCUGCUGAGUGCCGGGGCGGACGCGGACGCGGCCGACCGGGACGGCUACACGGCGCUGCGAUGGGCGGCGCACGAGGGUUACAAGCCCAACAUUAAGGCUCUCGUCCACAGCGGGGCCUCCGUCGGGGCCUCGGGUCGCGACGGCUGGACGCUGCUCAAGUGGGCGGCACAAGAGGGCCAGGACGACAUGGUGCGGUUCCUCGUCAAACGCCGGGCGGACCCUGACGCAGCGGACGCCGACGGCCUCACGGCCCUGAGGUGGGCGAUGCGCUACCGCCGUGCGACGACCGCGAGGCUGCUGAUCCAGGCCCGGGCGGACGUCAACAGGCCGGACAACCAGGGCGACCAGCCGCUCUACGCUGCGGUGAAGGAUUGCUGCGGCCCGGGCGACGGCGGUGGCGGUGGCAAGGCCUCGACGAGUCUUCUGUGGCUGCUGCUGGAGAGCGGAGCCGACGUGAAUGCGCAGGCCGGGGGGGACUAUGGCCAGACGCCGCUGCACCUCGCCGCCUCGGCCGGGCGUGGUUCCGUCGUCUGGCUGCUCCUCGAAAACGGGGCAGACCCGAGGCGGCUGGACUCCCGGAACCGCACGCCGCUGCACUGCGCCGCGGCGAGCGGCGACGUGGAAGUCUGUCGGAUGCUGCUCCGGAAAGACGGCGACUACCUCGUCCACGCCGCGGACCAGCACGGAAAAACACCGCUCCACGUCGCCGCGACGGAAGAGAACAGCAACAGCGCCGUUAUCGGAGUGUUGCUGGAGCACGGCGCGGACCUGCGACGCGUCGAUUCGGAGCGACGCACGGCUCUCCACUGCGCCAUCCGAGGCGAGCAUGUGGAGGUCUGCCGGGCCCUGGUCUGGAACGCCGGGGAAGCCAGGGAGGCGCUCUUGCUCGCGGUGGACGACGAGAGGCGGUCGCCGCUGCACCAGGCGGCGUCUUGGGGCAACCUCGUGGUCGUCGGCAUGCUCCUCGACCAAGGAGCGUCCGUCGACGCCCGCGACCGCUGGGGAAUGACGGCCCUGCACGUGGCGGUCUCCCAGGGGUACGAGGAGGUCGCCGACCUCUUGCUGCGGAGCGGGGCCGACGUGCACGCCGUCGCCGCCAGGAGGCGGAAGAGGACUGCGAUGCACAUCGCGGCGCACCUCGGGCACGUCGGGGUCGUCGAGGUGCUGCUGCGGCACGGCGCCGUGGUGGACGCGCGGGACGGCGGAGGGGAGACGCCCAUGAAUCUCGCCGUUGCCAAGGGCCACAGAAAAGUCCGAGACUUCCUGAUCGAGCGCGGAGCUGAAGUCCAGAGCCUGAACGGCAGAGGCUUAACGCCGGUUCAUCAGCAGGCCGUACCUGUAGAGGCUGGGGUGACGGAGACGGUCUACGCGGCCAGUGAGGAAGAGAGGGUCGAACUGAACGGUACUCCGAUCCAGAACGAAGCGAAAAGCUGGUGGAAAGGGGACAGGCGGUUUGCUGCCCGGGUGGAAGACGAGUAG